AUGGUACUGCAGGGUCGACCGCUUGGGUUCUUUACCUACGAUACGAGAAGAUACGAAACAAAGUUGCCCGGGCUGUCCGGGUACCCGACCAAUAGCACGCUUCUUUUGAAUGGCGAUAAUCCUUUGAACUACACCUCGAUCGCCGCUUCAAGUCAAAAAUCCGAUCUGCAACUGUCACCGAGUAGUAUUUUGACAGUAGACCACGGCACAGCGUUCGACCCUGACGACACGAAGUUGAAGAUCUACUACGAAUUUGACGGCGUAAAAACCUCGUCUAGUCAGAUCUUUACCGCCUACCUGGAUGCCCUGGCCACUGCGGCGGUACACGGUCGUGACGAAACAGACGCUGCAAUCAUUGCCUACAGCGAGGACCGUCACACGCCAAUCAACGUACUUAGGGAUAUCUCAUGCACGAGUUUUACCUGGGGCAUACUCAUACGGGCUUUGUUCACGGUUUGGGAGUACGGCACCUUGGGGUAUGCUACGUUGAGGGAUAAAAGGUGGGAGGGAUUGUCCUUUACGAUCGAUUACGAUGGUAAGCCAGCUGGUGAGGGUUUUAUUUUGUAUAAUCCGAGGCCACCACACGAAUUAGCAAUUUCGAGGUGA